AUGUCCGGUCCUCCUGCGGCAGGCCCCCCGUCUACGGGAAUGAUUAACCAAGGCGAAAGUGCAGCAGACGGCAGGAAAGCCAAGCGUGAGCUAUCACAGUCUAAACGUGCAGCACAGAAUAGGGCCGCUCAGAGGGCAUUUCGCCAGCGGAAGGAAGGGCACAUAAAGAAGCUAGAACAGCAAGUCCGCGAUUAUGCUGUCAUGGAAAUCAACUACAAAGAGCUCCAGGCCGAGAACUACGCUCUAAGAGAAUACGUCAUUCACCUACAGGCACGCUUGCUAGACGCCCAGGGCGAAUACCCGCCACCUCCGGCCAGCCUCAGUCUUCCACACCCUCACAGCCUGGCGCCAGCCGCACGCGGAGGUGCCGAGACGACCCAGCCUGCAGUUCCGGCGCCCGGCGCCAACCCCCUCGAGGUAGCCGCUCAAGCUGUGGCCGGUCUUAACCGGAGCGACCAUCUUGCCGGGCGCGACCAGUAUGCCGUCGCGCGUCCAGAUGACGACGCGAGGACUGCCGAGGAAAUCACGCGACAGCUGCAGGCAGAGGGUACUCCAGACGGCUUGCCGGCAGCCCCGAUGUAG